CGCGACCUUAAACUCUCUUUUCUUCUUCUUACUGCUCCUGCUCUGCUCUCUCUUCUCCUCCAUUCAUAUUUAUUCGUUCUAUUACCCUUGUCCAUAAUAAUUCCAUCUUCCUCACGUACAAGAACUCUCCCUCUCCCUCUCCGUGGCUCUGUUUCGAUCUCUCUUUCUGGAUCUACAGCUUCUCUUGAACCUCGAUAUCUGUGGUCUUCGCUGUAUUUGUGACUCAGCUACGUCUUGUUCCGAUGUAUCAUCGCUUAUUACAGAAGCAUAUGACUCGAACACCUGUACUUUAGUCUUCGACUUUAAAAAGGUGACCUUUUGAUGAGCUGAUGAGGAAUUGCUAUUGCUUGAGAAACAUAAUUAAGUACCAUGUCUGAUCACGUUACACAAUCGAUCCAUCACGAGUCCAAGGAAGAAGUUCAUGAUGCUGAGAAGCACCCUGUACAUGGUGGGCCAGAGAUUGCGAUAGAAAUUUGUGCUGGAGGAUUUAGAGAAGUAAGUAAAGCCAAGGAAGUUGAUAUUAUCAAUGAUAAUGAGAAUAUGACAGCAAUUUCAAAACGAUUGAGGAGAGAGAGACAUAGUUACCGAUCCUUUCCCAUGUUCAAUCUUUCUCGAAAGAGACAGGGUGGUGUUUUGGCUUUAAAGAAUGAUGAAGCCAUGCGUCAUGGGGGAGUACUGAGUUUUCAAAAUGAUUCCAGCCUUGGGCAUAUUACUGGUUCUGUCCACAGAAGUGAGAGUCAUUUACCUUCAAAAUCUUCAGAGGCUCCUCCUGAAAUGGACACUCUUGAAUUUCGUUUUCAACCUGGAGGCAUCUCUCAGUCCUCAGAGCAGCAGGUGAAAUCUCAUAAAGAUCUUGAAACGAACAGCUUAGCUGUUUCAACGUCUCUUCAGGAUGAUUUUAUGAGGUCAAGUUUAAAAAUUGUGCCACAUGGAAUUAACAGCGGACUGUCUGGACAAGAUGACAUAAACCAAUCAAACUCCAUUAUGGCAUCAGAAAAACUCGUUCAGGACACUAAUCAUCACAACCAUUCCACUAUCUUGGUACAUGAGAAGAAAUUCAGUAACUUAUUAGACUCCAUAACAUCUGGGAAGUCCUUUUUGAGGCAGAAGGCGUAUCAUGUUGGUAAACAGAGCAGCCCCCCAGAGACGGCCCAAACAGAAAAAUUAUAUCAUGAAUGUUAUUCGCUAGCAAGACUGCCGUACUCUGUUGAUGAUGUGGAGGCUAUGAGAACCUACACCACCAAUGACUCAAUGAGAGGAGCAGCUAGAAGUCCUUUUAAAUUCUCCCAAACAACUCACCAUAUUAUGAUCACGGAAAAGACCGAUGUAGACUUAUCUGAUAAACGUCAAAUACCAAGGGAGUCAACAGUAUCUGCAAAACUCCAAAGAAAAACUUUAAGUGAGAUUCUCAGUUUAUCCCCAGAUUUUCGUUUCCACAUUCAAAAAGGAGUGAAACUGCAACCUUUAGAGAGCUCCACAGAAAGUGAGGGAAAAGAAAAUGUUAGAGAUGUAAAUGUUCCAGAUGGACUGAAGAACGAAUCAUCAGCUGAAACUGAUACUAUGGACAUGGAUGUUUUACAGGAGAACUAUCUUCCCGGUGGUCCUUCAUCCUCAUCUAGAAAGUUCCUCAAGGGGAAGUCACAAACAUCUCAAGCUGCAGAUGCUUCGGCUAGAGUAGAAAUGGAGGGAAGACCCCUGAAUGGGGUGGUAUGUGAUCUAAAUCAUCCUGUUCCUGAUCUUUCUGCUUUGGCAAGCCCUAUGGGUUGCAGUGAGACUAGCUCAUCAAGAACCCAGAGUUUGGACAUUGAACAGCUUCUUUCUGAUGCCGAGCAGCCUGAGACUUCCAAACCUAGUGGUUGUCAGGAUGACCUUGUAGGACUGGAGCCUGAGACUUCCAAACCUAGUGGUUGUCAGGAUGACCUUCUAGGACCGGAGCCAAGCAGCAGGUGGGCCAAACGUCUCAAGUUGAGUUCUCCAGGUUCUGCUCAUGGUAUCAAGAGCUCAAAAAUGGGAGAAGCACCUACCCAUGAAGAGGGCAAUAAAUUCUUCAGCCAAAUUUUAAAAUGUGGCAUAACCAGUUCUGAACCCUCUCUGGGUAGAUGUCAUGGUAAGGAACAGAUGGAAUUAGGUCAAAAUGCUAAGUUAAUAAGGAAUGGUGAGUCCUCUUCUGUUGAUUCAGGGAAGAAAAGUCAAUAUGUAACACUCUCACAUCCUUGGAUUCGGAGGUGGUGCCAUAAUCGGGUUGCCUCUCCCCAAAAGAGGCCUGAGGCUGUGGUGGUUUGUGAGCCACAAUGUUCAAAGGCAACAUUAGAUGGGUUUCAAAAGAAGCAAUUUCCAAGCAUUGCUGCUAUGGCAUUGAUGGGGAAGGCUAUGUGUGGUUUCCCUCCAUGUGAGUAUACAAAAAGAGGGCCUUUUGUUGUUUGGAAUACCAAAGGGUCGUAAAAUAACUGUGCCCUGAGUAAUAUGGAUUCAUUUAAGAGCAAGCAAAGAGAUGUGCGGAAAGAAAGAGUAAACAAAGAGAUCUAAUGGAAUAUUGCCCGUUCCAGUUGUUGAAAAGGGCAAGAAAUGCUUUGGCUAUUAGUAAUAGGGAAGAGAUGUAGAGUGUUUUCUUUUCCAUUUCUGAUUCAGAACUUUCUGUUAUUUUUCGUCUUUUCUUUAGAGGAAUAUGUUUUCUCGCUGCUUGGUGGGAGGAACUCCAAAGAGGAUUGUUUCUUGACCAUGGCAAUUUGGAAGUGAGGAUGGCACAACCAGAACUAGUCUUGUGAUAAUUUCAAAAGCACCUGCCUUGCUGCUGAUGUGGUCUGCUGUUCCUCUCAGAAUAACUAGAGUGAAAAUCUGAGUACUGCCAAGGAACCAAGAAUUAGAUUCAUUGAAAAAAAAUGAAAAAAAGAAACGAAAAGAGAGAGCUGCAUCUUCAUGUCUGCUCACAUGCAACCACACAGAGACAGACUCGUAUAUAUGUGAAUAGAGGGAGAACUUAAAAAUUCUAUUUUUAUGUUUCCUGUAUGUGUAUAUGCUUUGUUUUGGUUUUUCUUUUCCUGUGUUAUUCCUGAUGGGUUAUUUUGGAUGACUGCGGUUUGGGAGAGAACUCUUAGUUUGUGUUAUAAAAUGGUUGAAGUGGACAAGAGUUAUGCA